UUCAGAUUGACAGUAAAUGAUUAAACACCCCUUAUUUUUAAAUAAUGAAACACAUUAUGGAAAAUCUGUUUAAUUAAAAUGGAUAAAACUAAAUGCAGCAUUAAUUAAUGUGUGUGUGGUCCAUUUUGUAUCAAGAAAAAAGCAGCUUAGUUUCCUCCACUUCAUCACAAAAGAACAAAAGCAAUGGUUCAAACAUUUUAUGGCCAAAAUACUUUUAAAUAAUUGAGUUUUUCAGCUGACAACCAAAAACAAAGAAUAUGACUAAAAUAUUGUAUAUUUCGUAAAAUAAUAAUCAGUGUUAUUUUGUAAAUGUCCCAGUCUCUAACUGACCCAGACCUGGAGGAUCUUCUACAACACAACCAGGAAUCAGAUGUAUUAAAUAAGCACAAACAUCCAUACGAUAAAUGUUCUGUUGAUGGUGCAAAGCAUCAGGCAUAAGGACCACAACACCACAACAUCAACAGGUCACCAGGGGACAUGUUUAAUUGUAAUCAGAACUAUAACAACAAAGAAAAAAAGAUUCAAUUCAAUUCAAUUCAAAAAAUACUUUAUUAAGCCCAGAGGGAAAUUGAUUGCUGUAGUAGCUCAGAAUAAUAAUAAUAAUCAAGUCAUCAAAGCGUUAUUGUAUAUUACAAUGGCUGUUGGCAGGAAGGAUCUCCAGUAGCGGUCAGUGUUGCAGCGAAACUGAAGAAGCCUCUGACUGAAGACACUCUUCCGUUGUCGGACAGUCUUGUGAAGAGAAUGCUCAGGGUUGUCCAUAAUUUUCUUGAUUCUCUGGAGAAUCCUCCUUUGCAUUAUCUCCUCCAGUGGUCAAUCAGCUGCUCCCGAUGUUAAACCAGCUUGUUGCCAUGGUUACGCAUCAUAACAAAUGUUCAAAAACUGAAAAAAGCUAAAAAAAAAUAGCAGUAAAAAUCCUCCAAGCUUCACAGCACCAGAAACAGAAAAGUAAAGUGUCCAAAAAAUACAGUUUUUCUUGAGAAACUAGAAGAAAAAAUGUCCAAGAAAAGGCAUAACUUACAUAUAGUCAACAGAGCUACUCCAACAUGCAGCCGCACAGAGCAGUGCAGUUCCGGGAGAACAAAAAAAAUAAUGAUAAUAAUGGUCAGGGAAACGGAAUCUGCCAGCAUCAGCUUCCUUUGAUGAUGUCAUAAAGGGCACAGUCCUAUAUAAAGGGCAAACAUAAAGCAGGCACACAGACAGCUUCAUUUGCAGAUUGGUUUUAGACCUGAACAGACCUACAAUGGCUACUGGUGGACCACACGAGGGAAACAUGGAGGUAUUUUCAGACACAUAUGAAGCUGAAUUAGACCAAAGAUAUGAGAUUUUACAAAGAGAAUUACGAGAUCUGGAAGUCAAAAAACUAGUUUUUGGUAACCAGGAACGCGACUUUGAACAAAGGGUGGAUGCGUUUGAGAAAAACAUAGCUUGCAUCAGGGAAAGUCUCCAAGAGGAAAGACAGAAAUUGGAAACAAAAACGCAGGAUCUGGAGAAAAGAGAAUGCCACUUUGAGGAUCAACAAAAGAAACUAACGAAUCAUGUUGAUGAACUAAAGACUAGCUCUCAGAAAGGAAGAGAUAAUUUUGUUUCAACUCAGUUACUCGACGAACACAGAGUAAAGAUUGAGUUGGAAAACAGGGAACUGCAGAAACAAAGACAAGAAAUUCAAGAUGAGUGGAAUAAGAUUAAAGAAACUCAAAUUGCAAAUUGUGAGAUGGCCAAAAACUUGAAUAAGACACAAGAGAAAGUCAGAGAUUUAUGGAAAGCUUUACAGGUAAGCGAAGAGAGAUCAACAGAAGAAAUUAGUAACUUGAAAAGAGAUCUGGAAAGACAGAAAUUAGAGUUUAUCGAAUCUAAGGAACAAACAGAAAGGGAGUUAACUGCAGAAAAGCAGGCUCUCCGCGAUGAGAAGGAGCGUUUAAACGCUGGGAAAAUUACUCUACAGAACCAGAUCGUUGAGUUUCAGACUGAAUCAGAGCAGAUCCGACAGAUUCUGCUCAAAGACAAACUAGAUGUUCAACUUCUGAGAGAAAAUCUGCAGGAGGACAAAUUGGAGGUAAUGAAAACAGCAGAAGGGUUUGUGAAAGAUUUCAACGAAAGUUUACAGGAUUUGAAGGAGAAGCUGGAAUUUCUGAGUCUUGAGAAGAGAAGUCUGGAGGAAGAAAAACAACGUUUCCUGAUGACCAAGUCAGAAUCAGAGAAGGAACAAGGGAGGCUUUACAAAAUCCUCGAGGAAGAAUUAGACAAUUUGCAUUUGGGAAAACAAAGUCUGGAAACACAAGUGAUGGACUUUAGGGAAGAAAUUGCUGCAGCAGGUAAGAUCUUAAAAGAGAUUGAAACUGCUCUAGAAGAAGGGCUGGAGGGUCUGAGACUUCAGAGAGAAACUCUGGAGGAAGAAAAGACAAAUUUCCAGCUAACAAAGUUCAGAUCGGAAGAGGAGAAUAAGGGAAUACAGGCUUACCUCCAACAAGAGCUGAAAAAAUUACGAGUUGGGCAACAGAGUCUAGACAAACAGAUGAUGGAGUCUGAACAGAGAAACAUAAACUCAGAGCAGAUCAUUCAAGACAUUCGACGGGUUCUUCAGGAAGAGAGAGACUGUUUAGUAAUGCUCCGACAAAACCUGGAGGAAGAGAAACAACGUUUCCUGAUAACUAAGUCAGAAUCAGAGCAGGAACAAGGGAUGAUUUACAAAUUCCUCCAGGAAGAAUUAGACAAUUUGCGUUUGGGAAAACAAAGUCUGGAAACACAAGUGACGGACUUUAGGGAAGAAAUUGCUGCAGCAGGUAAGAUUUUAAAAGAGAAAGAAACUGCUCUAGAAGAAGGGCUGGAGGGUCUGAGACUUCAGAGAGAAACUCUGGAGGAAGAAAAGACAAAUUUCCAGUUAACAAAGUUCAGAUCGGAAGAGGGGAAUAAGGAAAUACAGGCAAAAGAGCUGGAAAUAUUCCAAAUUAGGCAACAAACUCUCAUCAAACAGAUGACAGACUCUGAAGAGAGAAACAUAAACUCAGAGCAGGUCAUUCAAGACAUUCAACGGGUUCUUCAGGAAGAGAGAGACUGUUUAGUAACGCUCUCACAAAACCUGGAGGAAGAGAAACUAGAGUUUAUGGAAAAAAGGGAAGCAGAAACUCACCUUUUAAAGGAGAAACAACAAGCUCUGGAAGAAGGGGUUGAACUUUUGACUCAAGAGGUAAUUAAUUCUUUGGAAGCGAGAAUGGAUGAAAUUGACAGACAUGUUGGACAAUGUUUCCAGCUUCUUCAAGAGGAAGAGGGGGAUUUAGAUCAGAUUGUGCAGGAGCUGGAAGCAGCAUUUUUAAAUGUCGAAGACGAGCAGCCACCUGUGGAGGACGAGUCAGACAGUCCCACAGCUGCGUCUGAAGAUCUGGGGGAACUGAAUUUAGAAAAAACUGUGACUACCCAGGUACCCAGUGAAGGGAACCCAACUCUUCACGGUCCUCAUGAUGAUGAUGAUGUCAGGGAACUGAGUUUAGAAAAAACAAAGACAAAUUCAGAGGAGGAGCAUGAAGAAAAGUAUGAAUGCUUCCUAGAUGAGUUCCAGUAUUUAGAAGCUGGGAAUCAGAGUUUAGAAGAACAGAAGAUGGACUCUCAAGAGAACGAAAAAGAUUCAGCCCAGAUUCAUCAGGAGGUGCAAACUCUGGCUGACCAUGUCUUGGGAACUGGAUACCUGUUGGGUACCCAGUACCUUGGUACCCAGCAAUGGGUUAGAGGGCACUUGUUACUUGGUACCCGAUACAGGGGCCCCUGCUACGCAGUAUGUCCUCAUAAUGAUGAAACACAAACGAUUGAACUAAGGGAAGAAAUGCAGAAAGCAUCUUUAAACAUCGAAGACGAGCAGCCACCUGUGGAGGACGAGUCAGACAAUCCCACAGCUGUGUCUGAAGAUCUGGGGGAACUGAAUUUAGAAAAAACAGUGACUACCCAGGUACCCAGUGACGGGAACCCAACUGUUCCCAGUCUUCAUGAUGAUAACGACGAGCUUCCAGAGAACCCCGGGCCUGCCCAUGGGAGCGCUGAAGAAGAAUGGGAGGCUGAAGAAGACUGGGAGGCUGAAGAGCCAACGCCUUCUACAUCUGGCCUAGGAUCCAGCUGGGACUAAUCCGACUUCUACUAGAGACGACUUCUUCCAGAACACCAAUGAAGAUCAGAAAAGCAUAUAAAAGUGAAGUAGGGAGCUUGGCAUGGGUUUAGAUUUUUUAAAACUAGGAAACAGAGAAUUUGAAUCAGGAAAACGUAAAAUUUUCAGAGAGAAGAAACUGAAUGGGUGAGAGAGUAGAUGCUGCAGACCUGCAGGAACAGGAUUGCAGGCAGAGGAAAUAAUACGAGCAGCCAAUCUAAAUUUAGUAAGUAGUAACACACAGUAACACGAGGGAUUAAACAAAGGCUCAAAGUUUAGAAGAGCAGAAAAUUAACCUGUAGUUCUUCAAGAGCUUCUGCAGGAGGAAAUAGGAAUGGGUUAAAGAUUUUAGCUCUAACAAUUACGCUUAUCAGAGCUUCUAGUUUCCGUAGACUAAGAGUCAAUACCUUAGAUGGGUUGGCUCUUGAUUUAAAAUGCCACUACAUUAGAGAGUUUUUACACUAUGUGUCUAGGAUGUAGCUUCUUCCACCAACAGGUACUAAAAUACAAACGAAAAAAAAAAAAAACGCAGCACAGGUGACAUCUCAACCGAUCAAAUCAUUUCUGUGUCUCUGUGUGCUGCGUGGGGGUUUUCUCUGGGUGCUCCAGUUCACCCCCAACACAAAAUCCUAAAAUCCUGACACGUUAAGCCUAAUUUAUACUUCUCCGUCAUCGCCACGAGGGAGAGGCACGCUCGCACGGAUGGAGACAAUUUGCCCUCAGACUUCUCCGUCUCCUGGGGAGUGUUGCAAAGCAAUUCCCCGCUAGGACAUUUAACCCUCUCAGGCUCAAAAUAAGUUUUGAUAAAAGGACGAACAACUAAAUCCUUCAGGUGUACUUCUGAGUUAAAAGUGCUCACGAAACACGUAUGUGGAGUAACCAGGUAGGUAGGCUUAUACGUUGCAAAUCUGCAACGCCUGCCUCCAGAGGGUUUAAACACGAUGAAAUUAUACUUUCUAUCAAACAUCUCACAUCAAUCCAGUUAAUUUAAUAGGUUUUAAAGAUCAUUGUCACGGUUCUUUCAUGGAUCUGUAUUUCUCUACAUGGACUCAUCAUGUUUUGCUCCACUGAGCUUGUUGCAGGUGGGUGUGUCGGAGAGUCUCAGCUGUGGCUGAUUUUCCCAUCAGCAAUUCAAUUCAGUUCAAUUCAAGUUUAUUUAUAAAGCGCCAAAUCACGACAAGAGUCGUCUCAAGGCACUUCACACAGUAAACAUUCCAAUACAGAUCAGGGGUCUCAUUUGUCAAACAUUGCGUAGAAUCCUUACUAAAACCGUACUUAAGCUCAGCAAAAAAAAAGUACUUACCCCAAGUAGGUUUGUGAUCUAUCAAACAUGGAGUACGCACAGCUGCACGCAAUCUCCGCUUCAUAAAUCAGAGACUAAUGAGAAUGUUUCUCAGCUGCAUUUUAGUCACAUCCUGCCCUCACCACGCCCACUUACUGCCAUAAAUAGUCAAUGCAAAGUGCCUUGUGGAUCUCAUGCAUACACAUAAGCCGGCUGUUGCAGCGUUCCGCCAAUGACGAUGGCGACCGUAGAUCAAGGCAGAUCAAGGAAGCGCAAUUUCACAGAAGCAGAAAUUGAGGUACCUGUUGGUGAGGCGGAGAAAUGAAAGGAAGUGCUUUUGCAAAACAAAUAAGAGAAAAUCCACAGAGUGGCACAGUGUUGCUGAAGCCGUCAAUGCUGUUAAUUCUUCAGAGAGAUCUGUGGCGGAUAUAAAAAAAAUGGUCCAAUCGGGAUUCGAUCCCCAGACUACCAGGUGAAAGUCACACACGCUAACCAGUCAGCCAAACAGAAAUCUCCCCUAUUCAACUAGCCAGGGCGCAUGAUCAAUCGGGUCACAGUGAAAGGACACACACUGUCAGACGCAUGACAUUCUGUCUCAAUCUGCCCCCCUGCUGAUAUUCUGCAUUCCGUAUUCUGCGCUUCAGGCUGUGUGUGUGUGUGCGUGUGUGUGAGUGUGAGUGUGCACGUGCGUGUGUGUGUGUGUGUGUGUGUGUGGGGGGGGGGGGGGGCUUGUCUGUGUGAAAACGAAGCUGUAAAAGAGAUAAUGCUGCUGGAUUUCAUAAUUGUAUCUUCUCAGCAGCAGCACUGCAGGUGCUGCCCAUGUCCAACUUGUGCAUAAGCCAGGUUCUUAGUCAGCUUAAAGUUGCGCACAUUUUCCGCUACGUUUUCUUUCAUAAAUACUAAAGUUUGCGUGGAAAGUUGCUUACGCAGUUUUCCAACCCUGUUUUGUGCGUAAUCAAGCUUGAUAAAUGAGGCCCCAGUUCAUUAAGCCAAUCAGUAAAAAGUUUCCUAUACAUACCAAGUAAUGUUUCUAUAGUUACAUUGUGAUUUCUUAGUAAAUGUGCGUAAUCACCACUCUGGCACAGGUAGAGGGUCUUAAAUGCAUUUUAAUGAGUACUUAGAGAUUGUUCUGUUUUUCUGGCACCAGGUGACGGUUGUUUCAUGCAGUGGCGGAUUUAGCAAUUUGGGGGCCCAAGACGAACACAGACAUGGGCCCCUUACCAGUGUUGGGCAAGUUACUUCAAAACUGUAAUACAUUAAUUAUUACUUGUUACCCUCAUUUUAAAGUAAUUCAUUACAUUACAAUAUUACUGAUUUUAAAAUGUAAGGCAUUACACUACUUUUGCAUUACUCUAAGUUACUUUCAACAAAACAACUUCAGUAUGAGUUUGGUAAUCUGAUGCCCGGUGAACUCAUGACACAUCCGGUGGAAGGUGAUGUGGUGUCUGAGCUAGGACUGCUGUUAAAAACAGUUCUUUAGAAGGAUUGUUUAUGAAAUAAAUGAAACAACAAUAUGUACUCUCAACAUGCUGCCAUCUUAGAUUAACUGAGCAGGGAGUGAGGUGGUGGGGGCUCCAAGUCUAUUUAGCCUUGGUCCCCAAAUGCCUUGAUACGGCCCUGGAUGUGGGACUGGCUUCUGGGGUGAUCUGAUUCUAUCACAUGUAUAAAUAUUGAAUGCUUAUAUAUUAUUGCUUUUCACUGGUAAAAAUGUGUAUUGGGGAUAAAUCUACCUACUUUUAUCUUUUCAAGCACUUUGUUUUGUUUUCUUGAUUUUAUUUGAAUUAUUUCCUGCCCUUUCUCUCUCUAACCUUCGUGCAUGCUGCAUGUUUUCUCCGUAUUCCAGAAAAAACUGUUUCCUAGACUUCCUACUUUCUAACUAUCAGCCAAAGGAAUCUUCACAUGUGCGGCGCUCCAGCAGCAAUGAGUUAAAAUCACCGGAGCACAGAUUAUCUCAGCUGAGGCAAAGCACGUCAGAAAAGUACAGAAUACCAGAGAACAUGCGCUGAUAUGAACGAUCGCAGGUGAAUUAUUUUGUUUUAGUGGAGCGAUUUUGUGAAUGUUACAGCGGCCGCGUGGAGGAUGCAGCUGGAGUAUUUGAGCCGGGUGCAGAACAGAACACCGGUACCGCUGCAUCCUCUCUGCCUGCAAAGCGGAGUCCAUAAAUGACGUAAUAU